AUGGAAGAAGAGCACGAGGAGGGACAGUCAGGAGGCGUUCAAGGAAAUGCUCCUUCGGAAGACGGGCCCGGAAAGGAAUACGAACUUUAUGUCAAGGUUUGUGGCCGUUUGCGUUGUUAAUAUCGGUUUUCCAUGUUCAGAAUGAAGAACUGGUCGACAAGUUGAAACUUUUAAACUAUGAAGAUGGAUUUCUGAAGCUUGGCGCCGCUUACAAACCCAUUCUGAAACACUAUUUCGUCAAAUCCCGCAAUGUCGGCGAGCAGUUCUUUUUGUUCACUUCGCUGGCGGCAUGGCUCAUACGGAAAUCCGGAGACGAUUCCUACAAUAUGCCCCUGGAAGUGAGUGUUGGGGAAUGUGAAGAAGAAGAAGAAGAAGAAGAAGAAGAAGAUGUUUAUAUUUCCAGUUUGACGACCCCAAUUCCACGCUCGCGAAUAUCAUGGCCGCCGCGAAGAGUAAGGUGAGAAAGGUUUUAUUGAAAAGUAGAAAAGUGAAAAAACAUUCAGUCGUUCCUCUUGAAUCUCUCAAUGUUUUGUUGUUGUUGUUCUUGUUCCUGUUGUUGAAUGGCUCUCGCGUUUCCGGAAGAUCGAUGUGA